AGCAGGACCCCGGCCAUGGCGCAGGCUCCCAGCGCCCCGGGCUCCGAGGAGCGAGAGGACCUGCUGGAGGAGGAGACGGCUGGGCUCACCACUCAGUGGGGUGCAGAGGAUGAGGAGGAGCCUGCCUGUGAGCCCCUGCAGCAGCUGCAGGCCCAGGACCACCACACAGCCGGCCAGGCCCCGGAGCAGGAGAUCCCCCUUGGCCUGAAGCCCCCGCAGGCCCCAGAGCCGGACGAGGACGAGGGCUUCAGCGACUGGGCCCAGAAGCCCGAGCGGCGGCAGCAGUCGUCGGGGAGCUCGGACAGUGGGGACCCUGCUCAGGGCGAGAGCCCGGAGCAGGAGCAGGAGCAGAGCAGGCCCCUGCAGGACGGUGGCGAAGUGAGUCAAGCCGAGGACCACCUGGAGGGGCUGAGUCUGAGCCAGCAGGGGCCGGGCCCAGGGGACACGCGUCCAUGCAACCCAGGGGUGGCGGAGGCUGAUGGGGCAGAGGAGGGUCAGCAGCCCCGGACGCCCAGCCCCUCGCCUGCAGAGGCACCCGACGAGCCGUGCUCACCGCCCCUGAGCCCCACAGGCAAACUCGUCGACAGGACCGAGUCCCUGAGCCGCUCCGUGGAGAAGAGCAGCAGCCCGAGGAAGGCCCAGCCCACCUUGCCCAUCGCCAGGAUUGACGAGCGGCUGGAGCAGUACACCCAGGCCGUGGAGACUGCUGGCCGGACCCCCAGGCUAGCCCGCCAGACCUCCAUAGAGCUGCCCAGCAUGGCCGUGGCCAGCACCAAGAGUCGGUGGGAGACAGGCGAGCUGCAGGCUCAGUCUGCAGCCAAGGCCACCUCCUGCAAGGACAUUGUGGCUGGAGACAUGAGCAAGAGGACUUUCUGGGAGCAGAAGGAAGGCUCCAAGGCCUCGUCUACACUGAAGAGCACCCCGUCUGGGAAGAGGUACAAGUUCGUGGCGACCGGGCACGGAAAGUACGAGAAGGUGCUGGUGGACGAGGGCUCAGCCCCUUAG